AAUCCAAGUAUCCAUUGUCUUGUGUAAACUUCCGACCAACAAAGCAAGCUUCUUUCUUCUGCGGAGCAGGCAAGAAAUGCCGCCGAGGGCACCGCAUCAUACUCAAAGCAGCAGCAAAGCAAGGGUCUUCUUCUCGGCCACUCUGCUGCUGUGGCUGGUCUCCGUUUUGUUCGAAAUUGUGUUCAACAAGCGCAGGGAGCUCUUCUAUAUCCUCGCCGGCGGUUGCUUUUACCAAUGUGCCAAUUGGGUCAUCAGGUUUCGUGUCUCCCGUGAUCCCCUCUUUGUGAAUACCUCCGUUUCCCUCCUCCACUCCACCGUCACCUCUGCCUCAGUGGUUUUCGUCUUGGUUUACCAGUGGUUAAAAUAUGGUUCAAGAGGGAUGUUUGAUCAUGCUCAGCUGUUUGGGGGUACUUGGCCAUGGGCAUACCAAGCAUUGUGCUUUUCAUGCGGUUAUUUUGCAUAUGAUCAAUGGGAUAUGCUGCAGUACAGACUAUACAGUGGUUUUAUCCCUGCUAUCCUUGUGCAUCAUCUACUACUACUCAUCUGCUUUACACUUGCUUUGUACCGACAUGUCACCAUCAACUACCUUAUUCUGACUCUCAUAUGUGAGCUGCAUUCUAUAUUCCUACAUGUGAGGAAAGUGCGACGGAUGGCUGGUGUUCGUGAUGCCAAGAGCGGGAUUGUAAAGGUAGAAUGGAUUCUUAAUUGGUUCAUGUUUAUUUUUGCAAGACUGGCAUCUCAUCUUCUGAUCACCGCAAAGCUACUCAGAGAUGCUCCAAAGUUUGGAAAGGGUGUAGAAUUGCCUCUUGCGCUGCUUGGGAUGGCAGGAAUGAAUUUGCUUAAUGCUUGUCUUGGUAUUGAUCUCUUCCAUGCCUUCAGGAGAGAGAGAAAUGCCCUGCAGAAUAAUCCCCACCAUGAAUAACAAACAGAAGAAUUUGCAGACUAAAUUGAGCCAGAAUGUUGUUUAUUAUUUCACGUUACUGUGAUAUGUCAAUUAUAUGUAUGGCAAGUGAAAAAUAUAUGAAUUGCAGUUUAAUACAGCCAACGAAAAUGA